GAAUACUGGUGUUCGGCAGAUGCAAAACUCAGACCAAUGCAUCCUUCAUCAAUUGGAGGCGUUGAGGACAUGAUUUCAUUAGGGGAACUGAAUGAAGGUGGUAUUUUAAGAAACCUUCAAAUUCGAUACUAUCAAAAUAAAAUUUAUACUUAUACCGGAUCUAUCCUGGUUGCACUAAAUCCAUACCAUAUUCUGCCGCUAUAUACGGCAGAGAAAAUUCAACUCUAUAGGAGGAAAAAAAUAGGCGAAUUGCCUCCACAUUUGUUCGCGAUUGGUGAUAAUGCAUACUCGAAUAUGCUUCGGCAUAGUACCGGUCAAUGUAUAAUCAUUAGUGGUGAGAGUGGUGCAGGUAAAACAGAGAGCACGAAAUUGCUUCUUCAAUUCCUUGCUGCCGUCAGUGGAAGACAAUCUUCAAUCGAACAUCAGAUCCUCGACUCCAACCCGAUAAUGGAAGUGCUAAUCGAAACUCUUGGUGAGGAAUAUAGUGUGGUGUUCUCCUUUGAGCGACAUGAUAUCUUCACACUCCAACUGUCGUUCUCACCCCCUCCCCUUCAUCCUUGUGCAGGGAAUUUUGAUCAGAGUCUGCUUUAUUAUUAUGUAGUCCUCUUUCCUAGUCUUAUCCUAGUCUCUCUCUUGCUCCGUAAAAUCCGUCUGCUCUACUGCUUCUUCACCUAUUUUACUGGGAUCCUGCCAUCACGUCUGUCCUAA